UGGAAAAGGUGUGUCAGUCACUCAUGAGCAUCCAACAAUAUUCAUUAUCCGAGGCCUGAAUUUUUGUUUAGAAAAGAAGCACAAGGUAGUUCCCUUCCAGACCAAAUAUCCAUGGUCAGAGCUUUUGGGUGUUCUGGAGGAAGAUUGCAUGUGUUCCACUUCCUYCAUGCUCCUGGCUUGAUCCAGAGGGCAAGAAGAAACAAUGGUGAUGACAACUGCUAGGACUGGGGUGCUAAUUCCCUUCCAUUGCUAAGCCCCAGUUCCUGCUCCCUAGUUUCCUUUUGCUGUUGUCCUGAGAUUUGGCGUUGGUUUUUGUUGGGGAUUUUUUUUCCCCAUCCUGAUGAGGGCACCACUGCAGACCAUGCUGUGCCUGGGGCUGUGGGCAGCUGCCCUGCUCUGCUUGUUUUCCCCUGGUGCCGUGCGAGGUGACUGCUGGUUGAUCGAGGGGGACAAGGGGUAUGUGUGGCUGGCCAUCUGCAGCCAGAACCAGCCCCCAUAUGAGACCAUCCCCCAGCAUAUCAACAGCACAGUGCACGACUUGCGUCUGAACGAGAAUAAGCUCAAAGUGGUGUUGUACUCCUCCCUCAACCGGUUYGGCAAUCUGACUGAUUUGAACCUGACCAAGAAUGAGAUCUCCUACAUUGAGGAUGGGGCUUUCAUGGGUCAGUCAAACCUCCAGGUCUUACAGCUGGGCUACAAUAAACUCACCAACCUGACAGAGGGCAUGUUGCGGGGCAUGGCCCGUCUCCAGUUCCUCUUUGUGCAGCAUAACCUAAUUGAGCUGGUCACCCCUACUGCCUUCUCUGAGUGCCCCAGCUUGAUCAGCAUUGACCUGUCAUCCAACCGCCUCAGCCGUCUGGAGGGGAACACUUUCACCAGUUUGAGCAACCUGAUGGUGUGCGAGCUGGCUGGCAACCCCUUCAACUGCGACUGUAGCCUCUAUGGCUUUCUUAACUGGCUGGCUCUCUUCAACAAUGUCACCAAGAACUAUGACCGCCUCCAGUGUGAGACUCCGCGGGAGUUUGCUGGGUACCCRCUUCUGGUGCCUCGGCCUCACCACAACCGCAAUGCCAUCACCAUCUUCCAGUCCAUGUGCAGAGGGGGCACCAUCCCCUCCCUCUCCAGGAUCAACCCCACCCCUUACACCACUGACUCCCAGCGAGACCUGGAUGAGGGCUCAGCCAUCAGCCCUGGGGAUUUCCUCUCAGUCAAGCCUCCAGCCUCGUCCACCACUGACUCUUCCUUCAGUCCCAGCAUCAAGCUACAUGAUGUCACCAUCACUUCAGCCAUCCUGAUGGUCACCAUCCCGAUGCCCUACAGUAAGAUGUAUGUGCUGGUCCAAUACAACAACAGCUACGUUUCUGACAUAGCAACACUGAAGAGCAAGAAGGAAUACGUCACUGUUAACAAGCUGAAGGCCCACACUGAUUAUACAUUCUGUGUGGCCUCUAUCCGCAACAACAGGCGUUACAACCAUACUUGCCUGACCUUUGCAACGCGGAGCAAAGGCAGGGAGGAUCCUAUUUCUAGUACUUCCACCACUACACACUAUAUUAUGACCACCCUUGGUUGCCUCUUUGGGAUGGUCAUUGUCCUGGGGGUGGUGUACUACUGCCUGCGGAAGAGGAGGAUGCAGGAGGAGAAACAAAAGUCACUCAAUGUCAAAAAGACCAUUCUGGAAAUGCGUUAUGGAUCAGAUAUUGAUACCAGUACCAUGGUCCAUCCUUCCCAGAAGCUGGGUGAGCCACCUGUCAUCCCUGUCUCACGGAUGUCCUCCAUCCCUUCCAUGAUUGGGGAGAAGUUGCCCCCAUCAAAGUCAAUGGAAGCUGGGCUGGAGACUCCUAAAGUCACCACAAAAGGUAACUACAUUGAGGUGCGGACUGGUGGUGGGGAUGGGCUAGAGAGAACCCCGCGGGAUGAGGACCUGAGGGAGCUUGACAAUGGGCAAGGCUCAGCUGCUGAGAUCUCUACUAUAGCCAAGGAGGUAGACAAGGUCAACCAGAUCAUCAACAACUGUAUUGAUGCCCUCAAACUGGACACAGCGUCCUUCCUGGGUGGUGGGACUGGUGUUGACUCAGACAUGGCCUUUGAGUGCCAGUCCAUCCCAACCGGUUCCUCAAGUGGGCUAGAGCGGCCCAGCUUUCUUUCCCCACCCUACAAGGAAAGCUCCCACCACCCUUUGCAGCGCCAGCUCAGUGCUGAUGCUGCUGUGGCCAGAAAAACCUGCAGUGUCUCCUCCAGUGGCUCCAUCAAGAGCACUAAGGUCUUCAGCUUGGAUGUGCCUGACCAUCCACCGCUCAGCAAGUCUGACUCCAAAUACAUUGAGAAGGGUAGCCCACUUAACAGCCCUUUGGAUCGUCUUCCCUUGGUGUCUCCRAGUGCCAUCCACCACUUGGAAGUCAAGCCUUCUUACCACUGCAGCGAGCACCGUCAUUCCUUUCCAGCCCUGUACUACGAGGAAAGUGCUGACACCUUGAGCCAGCGGGUUUCAUUCCUCAAGCCGCUCUCCCGCUCCAAGCGAGACUCCACAUACUCCCAGCUCUCCCCUAGACACUACUUUUCGGGCUACUCCUCUAGCCCUGAGUACUCCUCAGAGAGCACCCACAAGAUCUGGGAGCGAUUCCGGCCUUACAAGAAGCAUCACAGGGAGGAGGUUUACAUGGCAGCUGGGCAUGCCCUGCGGAAGAAAGUUCAAUUUGCCAAGGACGAGGAUCUGCAUGACAUCCUGGAUUACUGGAAAGGAGUCUCUGCUCAGCAGAAGCUGUGACUCUUCCUUGCAAGGAAACAAUACAAACCAAGACCCCCCUCCAACAACCAGAAAAAAAAGCCACUUGACUGUGAAAAAUAAACCAACAACAAAAUACUCCUGACAAAUACAAAACUGACAAAACCUUUUCUUAAAGUUUACAACAACUCUCACACGUACAGACACACACACUGACACACACACACACGCCGAAUUGUCUCUACUGUGUUAUGGGGACCAUUGUUCUGCCCACAGAUGGUUGGGAGGAGUGUCCUGCUCUGACACUGUGGUAACAACCCUGGAGUGUGGURGCAAUGGCCUGGAAGUGGGUGGCAGUGGUGGCAGGGGAGGGGCAGUGAUGGACAGUCACCAGGCAUGAAACUCAGCUGUGAACUAUUCAUCUUUUUGUUCCUGUUGUAGGCUGAUUUUUCUUUUGGUGGGAAGGAAGGACUUUGGUUUAGAAAGCUUCCUUGUCCACCUUGUAYACCUGCUAUGCCAAAUCCUCCAUCACUAACUUUUUCCCUAAUUUUCUUUAGUAGUGGAAGCUUUUCUCUUUCUACCAUCCCCUUCCAAGACAGGUGGGAUUUGUUGGAAGAAGUUCCCUCCCUUCUUUUCCUUUGCCCUUUCCUAUCCCUCUCUGUUAAGGGUCCCUAGGCUGGAACUUUCUGUCUAGAUCCUUCACAAGCCUCCAUCCUCCUCAGGGGAAGGCAAGGAGAUGUGAAGGACCAAAGGUGAUAGUACCUGCUGUAAAACAGGCUCUGUGCCCUACCUGCUCCUCCUCCUUCCCUUCUCCUGCCAUGUUGCUGCUGAUGAACACCAGCAAUUCUGGAAUGACAGACAUUCUCUAGGCCUUCUCRGAGCUGUUUUUCUGCCAGUUGGUGGGGAGAAACAGGUUGUGAAUGUUCUCUUUGGCAUGGCAAACCAGGUCCUCAAGGAGUGAUGGAGAAAAAGGCAGGAAGAUCUGGUCUCUCGGGGUUAUAAAGGGUUCCCAUCUCCACAAACAUUACAGGUCAGAGGUCUGCCCCACUGCACAAAACUAUGCUCAGGCUGCCUUGUGUAGUCAGUUUAAUAGUCCCUGUUUAUGUCCCCCUUACUUUUAGGAAGGGACCUGGAGAGGACCUCAGCAGAACAAGUUCUCCAUGAAGCUUCUGCAGCUCUUCCCAACUGACUUGCAGCGGGUGCUGUGGGGUGAUGCUUCUUCCAUGAGAAGAGCAUCACUCAACCUCCUCAGAACAGGAACAGGAUUUCAGUUGCUCCUCUUGCUGUGCUGGCCUCACAAAGAGUCUUUCCCUUGAACAGGCCAUGGAUGUUUUGGCAUGGAUAGGGGACAGCCUAGGGCAAAGACGGAAGCACAGGGAAAAAAACAGUGUGAGAGCACCUGGGAGGCCUGGGAGUAGCCCAAGAAGGAUGGCCUGGAAGAAGCUCCCUUGUGUGUACCACACUAUUUGUGCUGGGACAGAAGAGGAUACCAGCCUCCUGAUGACAGUGUUCCUCUGAUUACUCAUGAGAGUCAGAGCAACAUAUCACCUCCUAAAUCCUCACCCUCCUCACAGGUGUGACAAACUUCUCUUAGGGAUCAUUUCAUGUCUUGGCAAAACCCCAGCUGCACUUGCUAGGUCUCAACCUCUGCCUCUUGGGUAGAAGAUCUGUCACAGAGCUGGGAAUGAGCCUACUGCCCUCUCCACCUGGCCCCAUUUAUGAUUAGCCCAACAAAGCACAAUCUUGGCACCAUCUCCCCCAAAGUUUUUCUGUCAGGCAGGGGUGCUGCCUGCUGAACAUGUCUUUAUGGAGCACAGUGAGCCUCCUCUCCAUGAUCUGCCCAAUGGUGACCUUGACUAUUGUUCACCCUCUGUCAGGAUGAGGGUGAGGGCCUACGUUGUGUCGGCCCUCCCUUAAGCAGUUAUUUCCUCUUUGAGGUGUUCCUCAGAAGACCCUGUGUUUUUGGGGGCCCUGGAAAAAGGAUGAGGGUGUARGAGUGUCUCUAGGAGGGAUUUACGUGCUGCAUGCAGAGAACUUGCUUGUUAUCUGCCAGGUCGUAGCACUGCCAGCUGUGASAGCUGGCUUGUAUGCUAGAGAUGGCAUAAUUUCACCUUCUGGAAAUGAGGAGGAGCAGCAGGCAGAGUCUGGUGCAUGAAAACCAGAACAGGUAUCCCCAAAGUGUAAACCUAUGAAGAUCUGUUGAGUUUCUUCCUUGUAGGUAUGCUGAUAGGUAACAAACCUAAGCCAGGUCUGAUCCCAUUGCCUCAGUCUUCACUAUCAGCCUGCUUUCCCACAGUCAAAGCAUUGUUUUGCCUUGAGUCCAGAGGUGUUCACGGGACUGACUUCACACAGCAAGAGCCAGUCCAACCCAGAGGAAAAGGUGUGAGUGCAGGAGGAUGAAGGGAAGUCAAAAAGGGAAGUCACGUCACUGCUGGCARGUAUCUGUCCAUGAAUGGGACCAUGCAGCAAACCAAGACAGAAAAAUACUGUGAGAGAUGCUUAGGCACUACAGAAACCUCCCCAGCUACCACAGUGGUCUUCCAGCAUGGCAGCCAUCCAAGCAGAAAAGACUAAUGGCUGGGGCACAGAAUUGGACAGGAAAAGGGGAAUGAUGGGCAAGGGGGGACGGACUCUUUUUCCUCUCCCCAACUCUUCCCACCCUGUGCUUCUCUGCUGUAUGGUCUUGUAAACAGUUCUACUCAGUCAAUACUUUGGGGAGGAGCAUUAACCUGUAAAGGUUUCUUCUUUCUCCCCUCAACACCUCAAUGAGGCAGAAAAGAAAGGUCAGGGAUACAGCUAUCAUCAGGUCCUUUUUUCUGUGGUGGGGCGGGGGGUGAGGCUGGAUAGGAGGGAAAAGCCAUUUCUCUCCCAGCUGUAGCCCUCCACUCCAAACCAUUGGAUGAAGUUUGCACAAGAUGGACUGUUCCGUGGGAGGAAGAGGGCAAGGAAAGGGAACAAAGUGUCUCACCUUCCUUSCUCCUCCCUUCUUCUUUGUCCUGUUCCCUCCCUCGGGAUGAGGGCUCACAAAGUGAUGCCAGCCCUGUGGGAGGAAAGCAGAUUUAAUGUUCUAUUUGCAUGACAAUUUUACUGUAUUUUUCUGAGCAAACACCUGUUGUGUAUGUGCCAGUUUGUUGAAAUUUAACCUCCUCCCUCAAAGUCUCUCCUGUCCUUUGUCCCUGUUUUCUCUGCUCCUUUCAUUCAUCCCUGAUGUGAUUUUUAUGAGAGACUCCUACCAGUUUGGGAGGGAACAUACCCCAAAGAGAACACAAACCAAUCCACCCCAUAAACCUCAUUCCUUCUUCUCUCCAAUGCCCCCCUUUCCCUUGCUCCCAUUGUGGUCUCUCAGCUGCUUUUCAUGGUCAUGUGUGUAAAGGGGGAUGUGUUAUAUACCAAAGGCCUUCUUAGUGGCCAUCAUAUUUACUAGAUACUGAGGAACAGGAGUGAAGCCUGUCAAAAUAGAUCUUGUGGGUGAAAUGGUCAAUACCAUCCCUUUGCCCUCAUUGCUUUUUCCCCAGAUCUAUAAGCAAGGUUAUGCUUGAAGGAACAUGGAGUGUUUUAGCUGAAGGGAAACCUCUGAUACAGUGGAAACUUGAGGUGGAGCUGGUUACAAUCACUUAAAAGACCUCCCAUCACCUUCUUCUCAUUGAUUGCAUACACCUCUGGAUUAGGUCUGUCCUACCUAUUCUCUCCCCUGGGUGGCCCUGGGAGAGGGCAGGCCAUGAUGAGACUUCAGUUUCUAAGCCCUCUAUGCCUUGUCUUUGGCAAGUUCCUCAAUGCUGCCUUCUUCCAGGACCAAGUGGGAGUUCUGGGGCUGAACCAAGACCAGACCCUUUCACACUUCAUUUCUGGCUUGGUGACUACUGGCAGAGAAAUCAGGGUUUUAAUUCACCUCACUGGAAAUUGUAGAUGGUGAGGAAUGAGGGUGGGUGCAGACCUGCCCUCUAUUCCCAGGAACAGCCUUGGGAAGAAGCCUGGGCUGGGAUCCUGCACCCAGGAGAAUGAAGGUGAGACUCUAGGCAUGCUGUUCCCAUGGGGCAGAGCUCUUUCCCAUAUCUGCUGGUGCUGCCCCAGUUUAUGCUGCAGUACCAUAUUCCCUUCUCCCCCUCCCCACUCUUCCGUGCUGAAUAAAUCCCUCUUGAGGCAGGUGUGAAAUAUUCAUGACUGACAAAUGAAGAAUUAUGUCGGGCUGAGGAGGCCUCUGUGUGUUUGCAAUGCUAAUCAGCCUGCCUUGCUGGAGGAGGCUCUGCCUGGCAGGCUUGAAAGAAGGAGGGGAAGAAGCAGGAGGAAGAUGGAAAAGGAGCUGAAAGAGGAGCGGCAGGCACAGUAGGGGUGAAGAAGGCAUGGUGGGACCAAGGAGUGGUGAGGCAAGGAGGAAAAAGAUAGAUGGAGAUGGAGAAGAUGAAGGAGAGGAACAGGCUGGAAAGACCUGGGAAGAGAUGGCCACAGUGGAAGGAAUGGGAUGAUAAAGAGACCAAGGGAACAACAAGGAAAAGGGUUGAGUGCAGGGGUGAAGGCUCUCUGAGAGGAGGUGCAGAGUAAGUCAGCAGUGCCUGGAGAAAAGUAUCUGGGCAGACUUCAUGAUGAGCUGUGACCCCUCUGUGUAGGGCAGAGCUCAGCGUUACAGCAGCUGCCAUACAGCUAGGAGCUGGACCCAGGGCCCCUAAAGCACAUUUGCCAUGCUUGUUGCUGACUGGAAAGCUCAGCUGCGUCAGAAGGACACAAAGCCUCCAGGAACCUGGAGAAUGUCCUCUCCACCRUCACCACCUCCUUCCGCAUGAGCCACAGCCAAGAGGAGCCUCAUGGAGCUGUGUCCUCCUGCUGGAGCCAGCCGGCUGCUGUCACACCGUCUGAGCAGGAGGGAGCCUUCUCAUGGUAGCUUGGUGUGGGCCGGACACUUUUUGCCACACCCUACCAGGUUAUGGGGGUUUCUCGUAGGGGGUUUCUCAGCUGCCCUCUGCCCACCCUGUCUGAGCAGGCAUUUUUGAGUUCUUCCCUGAAGAAGGGGCCGAGGGGAGCAUCUGUUGCGUCCCCCUACACACGCACGCGUUCCCCAGCCCGUCCCUCCGCCACUUUGGCCUUGUACUGUGAGGGGCAUUCUUGGUCUGCCUCCCCUUGACUGUCCCCCCACGCGCCCUGGGGAGGUGUCUCCGUACCUCUCCCUGGCCAUCCUACUAGGGCAGCUCUCUGCAGGGCCACCCCAACCCACCCCUGUUCCCAAGUGGAGAGAGGGCAUCCUCUGCCUGGCUUCUCCUUCUCCUCCUUCUCCCUCUCCUUCUCCUCCCUGCCCCAUCAGGGGGUAAAUUCCCUCUUCCCCCCUUACAGUCCCCUCCGUAUGCUCCACCCUCGCGCGUUCAGCUUGGCCUUUGCCUCCCCAUGACUACCACCGCCACUGUGAGGCCUUGCUCUUGGGUGGCCUGUCCCCACCGCCUGUUCUCCACCUUCCCUGGGGGAAGAGGCAGAGUCUGUCCGGGUCAGGCCAGACCCUCCAGGGCUGGUUCGGCUGGUCCAUCCACAAGCACAGCGUCUGGGGUGAGGGGGUGGGAAGGGGCGGGCAGCUGCCAAGAACAGAGAACGGGGUGUCAGCCCUUGAAUGUAAGGAAGGGCCUGGGAGGCAGCUGCUGGGACUGGCUCCUUAUGGCCUCUUUGGUGUUCCUCCUUCCGUAACAACCCUGUGACCCCCCUGGUUGUGUAUGGACAAAUUUAAGUUGGAGUUAUGUUCUUUA